AUGACACACCCCAAUCUGAGUCUUAUUAACGUUGCAACUGCUAAUUCUUGUGUAGGAAAAAGUAGUCUUCUUUUGAGAUUUGCAGACAACACAUUUUCAGGUUCCUAUAUUACAACUAUUGGUGUAGAUUUCAAAAUCAGGACGAUCGAUGUCAAAGGUGAAAAGGUCAAGUUACAGAUCUGGGACACGGCGGGACAAGAGCGAUUCAGAACCAUCACAUCAACGUAUUACAGAGGGACACAUGGAGUGAUAGUAGUCUAUGAUGUAUGUAGUGCAGAAUCAUUUGUCAACGUGAAGAGAUGGCUCUAUGAAAUAGAUCAGAAUUGUGAAGACGUCAGUAGGAUAUUAGUUGGCAAUAAGAAUGAUGCACCAGACAGGAAAGUUGUUGAGACGGAAGACGCCCAGAAGUUUGCAGAACAGAUGAAUAUUCAACUCUAUGAAACUAGUGCAAAGGAAAACAUUAAUGUAGAAGAGAUGUUCAGCGCUGUCACAACGUUGGUGUUACUGGAUAAGAAAGAGAAGAACCUUGCUCGCCAGAACUCUCAGCACGAGGGCAAUGUCUUGAAUAUCAAAGAGGGGGGCAAGUCGCGGAAAGGGGGCUGCUGUUAGUGCUUUUUUUUGUGUUUUGAAUCUUCACAUCUUCCAAGAAUCGGGCUCAGCAGGGCUUCGUAUGGUUUUCAGAUUUUUUUUUUUUACAAGUUGACUUUUGAGACCUGGGCAAGGAUACAGUAUCAAAGUUUUCUUUUUAAAGAAUAUAUCUAUGUAUAAGUGUUUGUUUUUUUAUAUAGAGAAUCGUAUUUUGGCAAUUGGCUAGAGAGAAAUAUAUCAUGAAAUAAUUCUUCUUUAUAUUGAAAAUACACAGCGACGCUACCAGUAUCGAAAGUAGGUUAACAAUUUAUAGUCCAAUGAAUUGUAAAUUUGCAAUUUAUUGUAGACCCCGAUGAAGAAAAAUCAAAUGAUUUUGCUAUUAUUUUCAAAAUGCAUAUUUAUUGCAAUACCCCAAAUGUGUAGCUUUCAUAUAUACCUUGGCACUAAUUGAAUGAAUAUCAAGAUGAAGAAGAAAUUAGUGAAAGGAUCUUGUGAUUUUAUGUCCGAGAAUCAUGAAUAAAGUAAUGAGAGUAUUCCAAUGAGGUAUCAAUUUUAUCUUUGAAUUUAAAAAAUAUGAUAUGAAAUGAAAGCAAAAAAAUUAUUUGACAUCUGGCCUUGUUAGAAGGUUACAGCACAUGGAUUAUGUGGUCGGCUGUGCGUUUCAGCAUGCUAAACUAUCGCCCGCAAAUAGAAGAAAAAUUAUUUCUUGGUAUAUUUCUGUUUUCCUAACUCAUUCAUUGCCAAACUACAAUUAGAUUUCUUAAUUGGAAACACACAGUGGGAACAUUCUCUCUUGUAUUGUGAACUUCAGUAUAUGCACACUAUAUUAAAAAAAAGUUUGAAGAACAUAUUUAUAUUCCAACAGGAUUGCAUCAGUGCAUUUGUCGGAUCAGUAGAGGAUUGAUUGAAAAGACUUUCACAAUUGAAUAAGCAACUUUUUUGCAACAAUUUUGUGAUCGUGUUCACAAUAUAUUGUAACCGAGUGGAUGCCAAAUGUUGUAUGACCAAUAGAGUACCAAAGCGAGGAUGUCAGUUGCCUUGGUGUCAUAGCGGCCUGGUUCUAAACAUAGAGCUAUUACAGAUGAACCCGCCGAAUGAAAGAGUGUUUCUCAUAGGAGAAAAUGGCUGCUAUCGGAAUUUGAUCGCUUGCAACCUAUUUUACGAGCCAAAGUCAUUUGCAAAUACAAAUGUGUACAGACGAUCGUCAGCUGCUACUCUGUCUAGAACCAGCCUGCCAUGAAACCAUGGCAACUGACGUCACACUCUGGUACUCUAUUGCAAAAUCCCUAGUAGAUCCACAAGUCGUGAAUUUCAGAAAUGCCUUUGAUCAUGGUGCACAAAUGCAAUGCAUGAUAGUGCUGUGCUGGUAACCAGGGGCGGAUCUGGCCAUUGUAGACUCAGUACUGUGGAUUGGCCCACCAUUGUGUUCAGACGAUGUGGCCAGUGAGAUGGUAGCGUAUCUUACCCGGCUUGAUACGCCAAUGCCUUGAAUAUUUCUACACUGAAAAGGUUUUUUUUUAUCUAGUAUGAAAUAUAUCAAUGCUCAAAAUAGUAUAUCGACUAAUGAGUUGGAAUAAUGGUACAUUUUGUCUUAGUAAUUGUUGUGUGAUAGGACUUGCACAUUAACCUCUUGAAAAUAAUGCUGCAUUAAUAUCCGUAAAGAUAUGUUAGUCUUCGGUUAUAAUUAUAUAGAUAUUUGGAGUAUUUGAGAAGCAAAGAUGAGAUGUAUCUUAAAGUUUAGUCAUUUAUUCAGAAAGCCCCUUUAUUAUGGACCAACUUUUUGUGCAUUCCUUUCAAUUUGAUAACUAUUUCAUAAUCUCACCCAAGUGAUUUUUCUUUAUAAAGGAGUGCAAAAAAAUUGAACUAAGAAGGAGAAAAAUGUGCUUUAUUAUAACAUGUGAGGAUUCAUAAUAAACCUGUGUGUGAGUUCAUUCAAAUUAAAGAUUUAAGUAAAUGAAGGGAGUACUGGGUUUAUAUUCAUUUGCCUUCGGUAACGCUCACCAUCAGAUCAUUGUUUUGGAAUUUCACCCAUAGUUACAGAUUCAUUUCCAGAUUCAGUGGGUCUUUGCACUUUCUAUCAAUCUGGGGAUGUUUCUUUAAGGUCAAGUCCAAUUCAACAGCAAGUUGAUUUCAAUCAACAAAUGCAAAUCAAACAAGCAUAAAAUUGAAAAUCUUAUCAAAAUUAGUUUUAGAAUGAGGAAAACACUUAAAAUACAGUUAUAUGCACAACACAGGUUUAAUAUAUGCUGAUGGGAGAGUAAAUUAAAAAAUGCACAAACUAUUUUGUUGUAUUACGUUAUAUUUCAGAUUUUGUAGAUAAAUUGGACACAUGUUUUUAUAUAAUUUCACCAUUUUUCCAUUAUGGGAGAAAAAAAUUGAAUUCUUUCAUGUAAUAAAAAAAAGAAAGAAGUAUUGUAUGACUGUGACAUCCUCUUCUCCUCCACUCGCAUAUAACUUUUUGGUGGAAUAUUAGCCAAAUUUAAGCUUUAUUAAACUUUCACAUUGUCAUAGCUUUAACAUUUAUUAAAUUUUCAGUGUUUGGGUGAUUUUUUUAUUUUAUUUUCAUAAACUUUUGAUUUGGGGGACUUGGCCUUGUAGAGUUGUAUGACUUAUUUGACCAAGUGGAAUUUAGCAGGGCAUGUGGGUCGCUCAUUUAAAUUUUUUUUUUUUUUUAUCUGUUGGUUAAAGACAAAUUCUUUCUUGCUAUGAUCCAAAUGAAAUUGUUUGAUACACCAUCAUUGGUAACCCUUUUGUUGUUCAAAUUUCCCAAACUACUAUAUUCCAGUCAUUGCUUAAAUAGUUCUACUUGACUUUCAGACAAACUUCAUUCAACAUGUCUCUUCUUUCAUAAUGUUGAAUGUCUUUUGACCGGAUUUACGCUUAUUUUUGCUUUUAAAAAUCCAAUUUAAGUUGAUCACAAAUAUUCAAAAAUUUCUGCAUUUUGUAGAUGCCAGAUUUGUAGAGAGUAUUUCUAUACUGUCACAUUUAGUGUUCAGCCAUCUUUAUGUGUGGGUGUGUGAAAGGGUGUGUGAGGGGGGGGGGGAUGGGAGAUAGAUUGGCAGUAUCAUAUGUUUAGUCAUUCAUCCAAUUACAUCAUCAUCUUAUUUCAUCCCGACAAUUAUUUUUGUGUCCGUUUCAACCUUCCCACUGUGUGUUUACAGUUCACUGUGUUUAUUGUAUAUGUAUAAUAAUAAACAUGUAUCAUAAUAUGUAUGUAUUAUUGAGAAAUAUAAUGUAUUAACCUAAAGUUUGAUAAAUGUAUCAAUGAAAAUAUUAUUGCUUGUAAUUGAUCAUGUUGUUAAGGGAAAGGAAGAGGCAAGCUGACUGACAUUUUGGAAGUAUUUUGCAACUAAUUUUUGAAUAUAUGUACAGUGCACAAUAGAAUGUCAUUUGAUACUCAAUGUUUAUAUAUAUAAAUUUGAAUGUAUAGAAGGUCAGUCCAUGGUGAUCUUUUUUCAUUAUUAUUUUAUACUUAUUGAUAGUUAGAAUCUAUAGUAUAUUCUUGUAUGUGGAAUGAUGGUACACAGAUGGGGGGGGGGGGGGACAAACAGGACACUAUUUGGAAUAUAUGGUUGUACAUGCAUGUGCAAAUAGGUUGAUAUUUAUUUAUUUUCUCCUUCCCUCGUUUGCGAUGUAAGUGAAGCAAAAUGUAGCCUCUUGUCCAGCUAUCAGGAAAAAUGCAAUCUACCUUUGAAACUUAUUUUGCACUUAUGAAAGGCAAACAUUUUGAUUAUGUGACAUCACAAAUGAGCAGCCCCUCCGUAUGUCAUGUGGUAUAAACUAUUAAAAAAGAAAAGAAAGAAUUUUCUGAAAAUUUUGAAAGUGAUUGUAGUUUUACAGUGGAUAUAUCAUCAAACUCAUUUCAUAUCCCUUUCUAUAAGAAAAAUGUUUUAUUCAUCAUGUAAUAUUAAAAACUGGAAUCUAUGGAAUUUGUAUUACAUAUGAUGGAGUUGCUUGCUCAUGACAAAUUCAAUAUUUUGAAAAUUUGUAAAUCCUAUUCUUAGGAUUCCAUCAAAUUUGACCAACAUCUUCCUCUCUCUCUUUUUUUUUGCUUUCAUUAAAUCCAACUUGUCAGGGUGAACUUCCCCUUUAAUAUAUUCAUUAACUUUUGCCAGUGCCACACCUUUCCCCACCUCCAUACUGUUUCUUAUUGUGAAUUUUCAUCAACUAUUCAGGUUCACAAAAAGAAGUCUGUCUGACAUAUGGGCAUGUGCUUUUGGAAGUACAUGUAAAUAUGUGUGAAGUUUUUGUAUUUAUUGAAACAAUGGGCACAUAAUUUCCAAAAUGAUCGUCUACUUUUGACUGAGAAUUAUAAUUGUAAUGUAUACUUUCAUGUUUUUGAUAUGUAUAGAAAAAGUUAAAAAACAGGAAGGGAUGUACAUUCUAUAGGGAUGGGGAGACCUAUUUUUAUGCUGUACAAAUAAUGGUACUUUUUGUGUCUAUCAAAAUGUAAUUCUUUGUCUUUGUUAAUGAAGUCCUUAUGAUUAAUUAUACUGUAUUUUGGGAAAGUUGACUAAACUUUUAUUACAUUCUUGUGAGGUAGAAUUUAGUUUCAGUUUACAUUCUCUCUCUGCAAUCCAUUCAAUAAUUUUCUGUUUGUGAUUGGAGGAUUGUCUCUCAGAUUGUAGAUCAAAUGUGCUUGCCUCAUACAAAUAAAAUAUUCAAUGCAUACUUCUGAAUGAAAA